CAUUCACCGCAACAACCAUGAUUAAUGUUCGAUGUUAUUUUAUGUAACUCAUCUGGAUUUCUGCUCAUUGUAUAUUUGAUGGCAAACAGUGAAUAUUUUAAUUUGUUGCGCUCUACUAUACACCAUUGUGGGUUGAUGACAGAGUUAAUACUGUGGAGAAAUCCUGUGGUUUCCGAAGGGGGCUUUUGUAUCGAAUAACAGCCCAGCUGACGACCACCCGUUCAGUCCUACGACGGAUAUAUCGACUGCGGGAAUGGAACUUUUCUUCGCGAUUGUGAGGUUACAAAGGGACAAAUAUGUUGUGAUCGGUUCGUCAACGUGCCAUCCUGAAUCCCGGUGAUGGUAAAGUCUUUCGGUAGAUAUGGUGAAAACGGAGAGAGUGAUAAUGUGGAGGAUUACCCUGUAUGGAAGGACUUCGAAGGCUGCCAAAUGCCCGGCGGGUGUUCUCUUGAUGUUCUCUGUCGUUUUGUUGCUGUCUGGACGGACAUUGUGUCAAAGACCAACACACACAUCGAACCGAAAUUCCAUUGAAAGUAGCAAACCACAAUCUCAGGCUAUUAUUCAGGUCCCCAGUUCGGAUGAAUCUCAACAUUUACUACGUACCGGUGAAAUUAUUAACUACAAAUCGGCGGGUAGCGGACGCAACAGGCCGGAUGAAAACAAACUGCGGCGAGUUCCACGUGUUGGGAUAGACAGAGUAUGUUCCAAACAUGACUUUGAGUGUACCAAAGAUAAGAUCAGUAUGGAUGCGAUCAUCAUGUUACACAGUCUGCUAGAUGAUGAUCGCAAUGGUAAUGUGGACCAGUCAGAAAGCGAUGAGUUUCUGCGAGACGAGUUACAGUACACAGAUGGGUUUGAACGAAAUAUGUUGUUCCACGGUGGGGAUAAACUAAUCAGUGUGGAUGACCUGUGGCGAACAUGGAAGCUGUCUUCAGUGUAUAACUGGACAGUGGAUGAUGUGGUGGACUGGCUUGUCUAUCAUGUGGAAUUGCCCCAGUAUGUGGAUAUCUUCAGGCUCAAUAUCGUGGAUGGCACACAGUUACCCAGACUUGCCACGAACACCCAUCAUUAUAUCAGUGGAGUUCUGGGGAUUAAGAACCCUGUGCACAAACAGAAGCUGUCUGUCAAAGCUAUGGAUGUUGUUUUGUUCGGGCCUCCAAAAAAAGCGCACAGUUACAUAAAGGACGUGGCUGUAGUGGCGUCUCUAGUCAUAGCGUUAGGGGGUUGCUGGUUUGCCUACGCUCAACACAAAUACUCGCAAAACAACGUCAAGCGCAUGAUGAAGGAUAUGGAGUCACUACAGAAGGCUGAGGAGUCACUCAUUGAGAUGCAAAACAAGCUGGAAAAAGCAGAACAAGAACAGCUAUCUGUGAGCCGAGAAAAGAAAAACCUGGAGGAAAAAUACAGAGAUGAGAUAGAGGCAGCUAAAGCUGAAGCAGAGCGGUUAAAAAAUGCUAGAGAAGGAAGUCUAGAAGAAAUGUCGCGGUUAAAGUUGGCGGAAGAAGAACUAAAACAGGUGCGAUCAGCCUUAAAACGAGCAGAGAAGGAAAUAGAGUCACGAGAGGCAGGAGCCCCGUCGGAACUUCAACCAUACUUACAAUUAACCCACGAGAUAGAACUAAUGCAUUACCAUGCCAAGCGCCAUGCAGCAGAACGCCAGCUCAUAUCAGCCAGAGAGGAGUGUGAGCGAAUUCGUAAGAAGAGAAACACAGUGAUGGGAGCGAUGAGAAUGGCGCACAGUAACUCCAUGGAUGAAAUUGAUCAGAGGAUAGCCAAUGCGAGGGCAGCCCUUGAGGAAGUUAGAAUCACAUUACAGGAGCGAUUGCACCGCUGGGGCUUCCUAUAGAACACCUCUGUGGCUUCUCCAUCGUAACAAACCCAGGGCUAUCCGCUCUCUGUGGCCUGUUACAGAGAAGUGUCACCCCGUCAGGCACUGUAGCCUAUGGAGCUGCGCGGGUCGCUCUGCCUGUCCCCUUGCUGGGUCCAGUUAAUCUAGAUGAUGCUGAUGAGGAUCUGCCCCCAUCUUACACCAGCGCUACAGCUACUUUGUACAACUCUGCUUAUAUUAAUGGUUGUCUAAAAUCAUUUCACCCUUAUUCAGUUGUUAGUCCGUUGGAGACGUUGAAGAAAAAGUCCCCUUCAUCAAACACAUUAUCCAAACGUACAACCAUCAAAGAUGUUCGAAGACAUUCAUUGGCCACCAUAAGUGAUUCUGAAACAUCCAGACCAGUAACUCUGUGACACCGGAGGGAAGAGUUACAUUUGAUCUCGGUGAAAACUCUGACAGUUUGCGAGGCAAGAGUUUACCUCGUCAGUUGUAUACCAAUGGCAUAUCUGCGAGGAAUGGUAAAGAAAUGGUCACUACAAGAGGCCCCUCGAAGGGUAUGACAAAGUCCAAGUCCCAUUUUCUGAUCGAUGGUCAGCAACGGGCAGAGAAUGGCUGUGGGGAUCUGUCUUCACAUCAUUCGGUGCCAAAUCUCAGUGACCACAGACCUGGGGAGCCCAACCGGCCUAGAGUGAAUUCCAACAGCUCGAACCGGUCAGCCAACGUGCAGAGGGAGGACAGCUACUCUGGCACCGAGUCCACAGAUAGCACCGAUAAUGAUCGCAAGAAAGACAAGGAGAAAAAGCGCAGGAAAUUUCUGCACAAUUUCCUGAAGAAAGAGAAGUCCUCCUAGAAAAAAAGCCAAUUGACAUUGUCAGAUCAGAAACCUUUCUAUAAAGAUACAAGGAUAUUUGUGAUACCUUAUUUAUCAUGUGUAAGCUGUUUUUAAUUUAUUGUCUAUGUCUUUGACAUGUUUGGUUUUAUUUUUUGAUGUAGAAAUUACAUGUAUAGUUUUCUCCACUUUAUACCUGUCUCCUUGAAAUCUUCUCCUCUAUCAUAAAAGGUUAGUUUAUGCUCUGUCAGGAUACUGUACUUUGUACAUGUCAAUCGUCUUUGGGUGUUUUUUUUUUUUGUUUUUUUUUUUGUGUCAAAGUGGAUUUUAUUUGGAAAAGUUAAAUGUUUUUGUUUUCAUAACUUAAAUGUAGCUCUUUGUGUAGAUAGUUAAUGGGGUAGUUAUUAGGACAAAUUUUUGAUGUUUAUUAUUUUCUGUCAAACUCAGUUGUUUGUUGUACAGUGUCACAUGUGGUCUGUUGAAGUGUACUGAGAAAUGAAUAUGCAUAUACAAUGCGUUGUCCCUAGUGUAACAAAGUCUGAUAUGUUUUCUGGUGCCUGAGAUGUCUACUGUCCUAUUUCUGUGCAGAUUCCCUGUUAGUUAGUCUCUCAAAACGAUGACUGUCUCGCAUUAUCUGGCAUCCUGCAGACAGUCUUGCAACAGAUGCAUCACAAAGUUCAAACACACAGUUGACACAUGGCUGUUCAAAAUGGUAUUUCCAGGCACAUGAGCCCCAACCAGUACAUGCUAGUGAGCAGGAACUUUAUAAUAGAUGAACGCAUAUCAGACUUUAGACUGAGUCAGUUUGCUCACAUCAGGUGCAUGUUGUUGCUGUAUGUGGGACUUUCACACAGUUCUGUUCUAGGACCGUCUCCUGGAUGACAGGUAGCACAAAACAGUGAGAUUUUGUGAGACUGUACUGAUUUGUGUACUUCCACUGAUCUUGUAAAUACUAUUGACUACCUUAAUGUUCGGUAAAGUGUCGUUUUCUUCUGUUCAUUGAUGUAAUCCAUGUUUGAUUUAGAUUUAUUUUUUGGUAGACUUUUUCUUUGAAAUAUUUUGAUGUUGUGUCAUGUUUGUAUUGUGGAAUUAUUGUUGUCGUUGACCAGUAGAACCGAAUUUGUGUUGGAUGAACUAUUGAGAGUUACAUGUACCUAUUGUAAGACAUUCCUUAAGGCUCACAAAAGCCCCUUAUUUCUCCCUAGCUCUAGGUGUACAUAUUUAACCCUGUAUUGUCUGAUGUGGACAUGUGUUUUUGUUUUGUUUCUGAUAAUGGUCAUUUGUAAACUACAGCAACUCAACCAUGUUCAUUUUGUAAUACAUGUGACUAUGUUUGGUGAAGAGUACAAAGAUACAAGAUAAACAUGUGUCUGUGUCAAACCUGUUUUAUUCCAUGAACACAAUUCUGAAAUGCAAUAGUAAUGAAUCUUAGUGUACAUUUUGAGCAACUACAUGUAGACCAUACAAGAGUAAACAGUCUUGUCUUCUUAAUCUUCAUGAUUCCUGGCAAAGGGUAACAAUAAACAAUACCUGAACUACUGUAUUUGACCCAAAAUUUCUUUCGUAAGCUCCUCUUUUUGCCCUUUGUCAGAGUACUGUUCAUCUUUCGAGGUUUGAGCAGAGGGUAAGAUGAUAUCUUAAUGGAAAAUGUAAGUUAUACCAUUCAAUACCAAUAUUUUAUAACCUUUAUUUGCUUUAAAAAUACAUUUUUGGGGGGAAUUAUGAGGGUGAAUACAGUCAGUAGUUGUACUAAGCAGUUAUGUAACUAGAUGUAUAGCAUGUAUUCCUCUUCCAUUGUGGCCAAACAAGGUACAGAGUGAAUUUUUCUUUCUUUCAUUGAUGAACAUCACAGUCAAGUCAAAUUCAACAUGAAUUUAUCUUUGGAUAAAUGAAACUGCUGCUGUUUAGUAUUUAGCCUGUUUAUUCCUAACAUUUAGGAAGAUUCUUUUUAAUAUGUUGACAGCUUAGGCAGAGCAUGCAAUUGUUGUUGAUGCAAUAUUUACUGUCAACACUGGUCAGUCUGGCAGUUAUGUUUCAGGUUUGUUAUGAGUAUCUAGACAUUGCGUGGGCAUUUUACGAAAUAGAAUAAACAUCAGGAGAUGGAGUUAAUUAGCUGAUGUGAGCCUGUUUUUACUCUGACUGGACAGUGUAUGUAGGAUCGCUGUGGUUCAUUGUGUAUCUGUUUCCUCAAGCUAAUAGAUUGUUUGUAGUGGUGACAUCUAGUAAGGUCAAAUUACAUUUGAUGUUUCUGGUUUCAGUGAUGUUAUUGGGUGCAGUGCUAUAUCACCUGACUAUAUAUCACUUCUGGUCACCACAGGUAUAUUGUAUUAAAGGUGUAGAAAACAGAAAAAUUACAUGAAGUUCAGAUGAAAGAGUGAGGAAAGUUAGUUGCAAAUGUGGUCUUCAACUUUUUUUUCAGUUUUUCUGUAAAAAGAAAAAGACACUAGAAAAUAAUUUUUGUAUGGUGGGUAUUUGGGACCAUCUUUUGGUAUAUAUAAUCCUUGUGAAAUAAUGUUAUAAAUGAAGAUGUAACACAUGCUUAAUAAAUACAUUUGCGCUAGAUUUUAGUUCUUUCUGCAAACAAAUGUGUUCAUCAUGGAUUUUGAUCAGAUUUAUAUUUUUAUUAUAUUCAUAAAUAUUAUCAUAAUUCAGAUUAAAUGCAUAUGUUUGGAUAUAAACAACAAAUUUGCAUUCAAAUAAAUUUAUUAUAUGUGCACCUUAUCCUUAUUUAGAACAUUAUUAUGCAACAACCAUAAAUACCGAAAAGAUGACCCAUAUAUCCACCAUACAAAAGAUAUUUUCAGAUAGUAUUUUCUUCUGGAAAAAAAAAUUGAAUCAAAUAUAAAAAGACCAUAUUUGCAAAUAAGUUUUGAUGAUGUUUCUUCUGAUUUUGGAAUCAGUUUUAUAUUUUCUUCUUUAAGAUUGUAACACAAAGAAAUAUAUUUGCAUCUUCUGAAGUCUUUGUAUGUUGUCGGUUAAUUAAGACAUAGUAGUGGAUGCAUGUGGACAGGUUAAUCUUGAUGCCUAAAUAAGAUAUAAUCUCCUUCAGAAAAUGCCUGUGAGAAUGUCCAGGGAACGUGGUGGGCAGAUGUGAUAUCAUCUCUGUCAAAUACAUUGGACACUAUCACUCUCUCUGUCAAACAAUGCCUGUAGCAAAGGCAUUAGCUGUGAUCUUUUUCAGAUUAACCCGAAUUCUGGAUUUUAAUCCACCUUUUCCAGGAUUAACACAAACUUCUCCCCACCAACCAUUCGCCAUUUAGAUCUGUAGUUAACAACUUAGUAGUAUGUGUGAUCAAUUUUUUUGUGUGUGUGGAACUAAUCAUAGAAAUAUAAUCAGAGCAAUUCGUUUCGUUUCAACCAAAAUUACUAUGCUAAAGUACAGAAUGUGUUCCGAGUCGUACUUUAAAACAUAUCAUAUUUUGUCUUAAAAUGUAAAGUGACGGCUAAAUUGCUCUGUAUUAUUGCGUGUAGGGAGUUUCUCUAUGCCUUAUUAUUCGAUUCUUAUGGCUGUUUUUAGGGUAUGCAACUUUUGAAUAUGUUCUGUGGUAUUAUUUACUGUGCACAUCAGCUCCUGUGAUACGUCUUACAGAGUUACAGUUUUUUUUACGCUUCCAGUGUCUUUUAAAACGAGCAAACAAGUCGAAUUUUAUACCAGACAUGUAUAUACAUAUAUACAAAUUAGACAAGGGCCUUAAAAGACAUUAUUUGUGUCAACUCGAGGCCCACACUGAGGAAGACUUGUAUUUUGGUACUGGUCAUGGUACGGAACUGGAAAUCUUGUCAUCUUGGUAACAAAGGUGAUUGUUUGAAUUUGUAAAUGCAGUUUUGAUCACAUCCUAGACCCAUUCCACAAAUCCAGUUUUGACUUCACUUUGUGAUUUUAAUUUUUGAGGAAAAAUAUCGCUCUGUGGAAUCUAUCCAGAGUUGUAGGCCUUGGUUUACGCCAUGUCUGCAGCCAUGUUGGAAAGUUUUGAAGGCAUGACCUCAUAAUUUAAUAGCCUGAUGUUCUUCGUUCCUGAUGUUAGCAAUUUUGGUGACCAAUACUUUUCUUCAGGUUGGAUGUAUUCAUUUUUUUUUAACAUUAAUGUCGCCAUAUGUGAUGAUGAUGAUGGUUUCUCUGAUACUUGUUCGUGAAUGUCCUCUGCUGAUGUAAAGUCCACAUGUACAAUUAAGCCGUUGAAUGGUUGUUUAUGACGCUCGUCUGUUGUACAGAAAUCGAAUGUGGACAUAUUUUUAUGGCGAACGAGUGCAAAUUGUUGAUUGUAUUUGCCCCGUUGAUGAUAUACAGGUAAACAUAAAAUUGUUGAUGAUUAAAAACUGAAAC